CUCCCCCUCCCCCUUUCCUGCCUCCUCUCUCCAUCACUCCCUCCCCUUCCCCACGGCUCCUGGGAAACUCCCGCGCCCAAACCAGGCGCUGCCAUCAGCGUCGGUCGCUCGGUCCGCCCGCCGGUCGCUGCCCCGUCGGCGGCGGGAGGUUGUGGAUCGCGGCGGGAGCCGGUCGGGUCCGGGGAGGGGGAUGAGGUGUGGCAGCAGCCCGGCUCCGCUCAGACCCCGGCCGCGCCAUGAAGUCGGCUCUGCUCGGCCGCCUGUGCCUCGCCCUGCCCUGGGCGCUGACGCUGCUGCUGGUGGUGGACAUUGACUCGGGGAGGCGGAGGUCGGGGCGCCCCCGGGAGCCCGGGCAGCCUGCCGCCGCCGCCAACCUCUCCCUGCCCACCAUCUAUGCCAUCACGCCCACCUACAGCCGGCCAGUGCAGAAAGCCGAGCUGACGCGCCUGGCCAACACCUUCCGCCAACUGGAGCACUUCCACUGGGUGCUGGUGGAGGACGCCACCUUCCGCAGCCGCCUGGUCGCCGACCUGCUCGCCGGCUCCGGCGUGCCCGCUUACACCCAGCUGCACGUCCCCACCCCGCGCCGCUACAAGCGGCCCGGGAUGCCCCGGGCCACCGAGCAGCGGAACGAGGGGCUGCGCUGGGUCCGCAAGAACCGCUCGCUGCAAAACUCCGGUGUGGUCUUCUUCGCCGACGACGACAACACCUACAGCCUCGAACUCUUCCAGGAGAUGCGUUUGACCAAAAAGGUGUCUGUCUGGCCGGUGGGAUUGGUUGGGGGCCGACGGUAUGAGCGGCCACUCGUGGAACAAGGCCAUGUGGUAGGCUGGUACACGGGCUGGAGACCAGACAGACCCUUCGCCAUCGACAUGGCAGGAUUUGCUGUGAAUUUGAAAGUUAUUCUAUCGAACCCUAAAGCUGUCUUCAAGCGGGGUGGAUCACAGCCUGGCAUGCAGGAGUCAGACUUCCUGAAACAAAUUACAACUGUCCAAGAACUUGAGCCAAAAGCUGCCAACUGCACUAAGGUGCUUGUUUGGCACACACGGACUGAAAAGGCAAACCUCGUUUUUGAGCCGAAACAAAACCAAGAUAUAAUUCACAUUGAAGUAUAGAAUCGCCAUUCUCAAAACAUUGAGUGCCGAGAGCUCAGAAACACCCUUGCGAACCUUCAACUAAACAGUUUGCACAAACAAUCUGUGACAGCAGCAAGGAGGAAAAGCUAUUCACUUGGGACACUUUUCAAAGCAAAACAGGUCACAACAUCAAUUUAAAAAAAUGUUUACAAAGUUGUGUCAUCUUCUGCAUGUUUUGUAGCACAAUGUUCAUUUCAAUAAAAGGUGUGUCACAAACAAAUGAAACAUC